AUGCAACACACAUACUACAAAUGCAACUACAGAAAAUCAAUCGAUUCGAAACUCGCUCAGGCAGACGUCGAGACUGCAAGAGAGAAUGAAUUUGCCAGCGGCAUGAACGCAAACCAACAUCACAUUCGACUACGCCUCAACGUUGACCAGUGGAGGUCUGGACAAGCCGCUGUAAAACAGGCCCAUAUUACAACCGAGACGGGGCUGUAG